AUGAAAAGAUCAAUAGUAACAGGUGGUGGAAAUAAUGAUAAAAAAUUCAAAGCACAACCACCACCAAAGAAUAAUUAUAGAGGUGGUGGUGACGAUGAAGAGGAUGAUGAAUUUGAAGAGGACGAUGACGAAGAUGAAGGAGAUGAAUUUGGAGAGGAAGAAGAUGAAGAUGAUAUCGAUGUUGAAAAUAUAAUAGCAAGUGAUUCAAUGGAUAUUGAUAUUCAAGAUGAUGGAUCACAACAAUUAUUUUUAUGGUCAAGAAAACCUGUUCAAGAUUUAGUACCCCACAAGAAACCAUUAAUCUUUCAACAAUUAGAAGUAGAUUAUACAGAGAUUAAAGAACCAGUACCAGGUAUGCCAGGUCCAAAAGUUGGACCAUUACCAGCAAUUCGUUUAUUUGGUGUCACAAAAGAAGGUAAUAGUGUUUUAUGUAAAGUUCAUGGUUUCUUACCUUACUUUUUCAUUAGUUGUCCUCCAGGUUUCACUGAAGCAGAUUGUAAAUCUUUAAAACAUGAUUUAAAUGAAUCAAUGAAAAUGUCAUCAAAUCAAAGCAAUGAAAAAGAUAUUGAAAAUAUUGUUGUUUCAAUUGAUAUAGAGAAAAAGAAAUCAAUUAUGGGUUAUAACCCAAAUCCUUUAUCUGAUUUCAUUAGAAUUACUUUAAUUUUACCAAAGUUUGUUACAAGAUGUAGAGAAAUUUUUGAAAGUGGUAGACAUCACUUUACAAUUCCAGGUCAACCAUUUAGACAAUAUCAAACCUAUGAAUCUAAUAUUCUAUUUGCACUUCGUUUCUUAAUUGAUAAGGGAAUUACAGGUUGUAGUUGGAUAGAAUUACCAGCAAAUACAUAUAAAUUAUCAGAAACACCUGUUUCAACAUGUCAAAUUGAAGUUGAUACAUCAUUAGAAACAAUUAUAUCACUUAGUGAUGAUGAUUCACCAGCACCAUAUAGAAUUUUAUCAUUUGAUAUUGAAUGCGCAGGUAGAAAAGGUGUAUUUCCAGAACCAGAAAAGGAUCCAGUUAUUCAAAUUUCAAAUAUUGUAAAAAAUAAUGGUGAUGCAGAACCAUUUAUAAAGAAUAUUUUCACAUUGAAAGGUUGUUCAAGUAUUGUGGGAGCACAUGUAAUUCCUCAUAAAAGAGAGGAAGAUUUGUUAAGAGAAUGGAGAAAGUUUGUAAUUAAAGUGGAUCCAGAUGUUAUCAUUGGUUAUAAUAUUGUAAAUUUCGAUAUUCCCUAUUUAAUUAGUAGAGCAAGACAAUUGAAGAUACCAGAGUUUGCACUUUUAGGUAGAAUUAAAACCACCAUAUCAAAGAUUAAGAGCACUCGUUUCUCAAGUAGUAAUUUAGGUACAAGAGAGAGUAAAGAAAUUUCAAUGCCAGGUAGAACUCAAUUCGAUCUAAUGCAAGCGAUUCAAAGAGAUCACAAACUAACAAGUUAUUCACUCAAUAAUGUAUCGGCUCAUUUUUUAAAGGAGCAAAAGGAGGAUGUUCAUUUUUCAAUUAUCUCUGAUCUUCAAAAUGGUACAGAUGAUGAUCGUAGAAGAUUGGCAGUCUAUUGCAUAAAAGAUGCCGUAUUACCAAUGAGAUUAUUGGAUAAAUUGAUGAUUCUUAUCAAUUACACAGAGAUGGCUCGUGUAACUGGUGUUCCAUUAAGUUAUUUGUUGGGUCGUGGUGAAGGUAUCAAAGUGCUAUCCCAACUUUAUCGUAAGGCCAUGGUAGAGAAUUUCCUCAUUCCAACUUAUAAAGUCACUGGUAAAGGUGAAAAGUUUCAAGGUGCCAUCGUUAUUGAGCCAACACCAGGUUUCUAUGAUACUCCAAUUGCAACACUCGAUUUCACUUCACUUUAUCCAUCAAUUAUGAUGGCUCAUAAUCUUUGUUAUUCCACUUUGUUAUCAGCAGAGGAGGCAAAGAAAUUACCACCGGAAAUCUAUACAACCACUCCAUUUGGUGAUCAUUUUAUAAAAUCAGAUACAAAGAAAGGUUUACUUCCAAGAAUUCUCGAGGAGUUAUUGUCUGCAAGAAAGAAAGCAAAAGAUGAAUUAAAGAAUGAAAAAGAUCCAUUCAAGAGAGCAGUGUUGGAUGGUAGACAAUUGGCAUUGAAAAUUUCAGCAAAUUCAGUUUAUGGUUUCACUGGUGCUCGUGUUGGUAAGCUACCAUGUCUUGAGAUUUCUCGUUCCGUAACUUCAUUUGGUAGAGAAAUGCUUGAUAAGACAAAGAAGAUCGUAGAGGAACGUUAUACUAUCGCCAAUGGUUAUAAACAUGAUGCCGUAAUUAUCUAUGGUGAUACAGAUUCGGUAAUGGUUAAAUUUGGUGUAAAGACCGUCGCAGAGGCAAUGGAAAUGGGUAGAGAUGCUGCCAAGUUUGUAACUACCACUUUUAUUCGUCCAAUUAAUUUAGAUUUUGAAAAGGUUUAUUAUCCUUAUCUUUUAAUGGCCAAGAAAAAGUAUGCCGGUUUGUAUUGGACAAAACCAGAUAUUCACGAUAGAAUGGAUGUCAAAGGUUUGGAAAUGGUUCGUAGAGAUACUUGUCUAUUGGUUAGAAAUGUCGUUAGUACUAUCCUUAAAAAGAUUCUCAUUGAAAAGGAUUUAAAAUCUGCCGAAGAAUAUACAAAGAGUGUCAUUAGUGAUCUCUUACAGAAUCGUUUAGAUCUUUCAAUGUUGGUAAUUACAAAAGCUCUCUCAAAAACUCAAUACAAAGGAAAGGUAAUCCAUAAUGAAUUGGCUAGAAAAAUGAGAGCUAGAGAUCCGGCAACAGCUCCAAAUUUAGGUGAUCGUGUGCCUUAUGUGGUCAUUCAAGGCUCAAAGGGUGCACCAAUCUAUGAGAAAGCUGAAGAUCCACUUUAUGCUUUGGAACAUAAUAUCCUUUUGGAUUGUCAAUACUAUUUGGAUAAACAAUUGAAAGCACCAUUGAUUCGUAUUUUCAAACCAAUUAUGUCAAAUCCUGAUUUAAUUUUCCAUGGUGAACAUACUAGAACCAUUGCUCAAUCAACACUCAGUGAUAAUAACAAAGGUUUCUUUGGUACUUUGAAAAAGAAAAAAGUCUGUAUGAAUUGUCCAAAGGAAUUAACUGAUACAGAAUCUACAACUUGUAUAAAUUGUCAACAUAAAGAAGCCUCUCUCUAUCAAACCUCUUUGGAAAAAGUUACAAGUUUAGAAACUAAAUUCUCUGAAGCUUGGACUCAAUGUCAACGUUGUUCUGGUAGUUUACAUCAACCUGUACUUUGUUCAAAUCGUGAUUGUCCAAUCUUUUAUAUGAGAACUAAAGUUCAAUUAGAUCUUAUUGAAGCAAAGAAAACUUUAAAUAGAUUUAAUGUUGAAUGGUAA